AUGACCAAAACCCGGAUUCUCAACCCGACCCGAUUCCCUCCUCCCAAAUCCCUACGCUCCGGCGGCGGCGGCGGCGGCGGCGGCCACGCCAGCUUCAUGGAACAGCUCCUCCUCCACUGCGCCACCGCCAUAGACUCAAACGACGCCGCAUUGUCUCACCAAAUCCUCUGGGUCCUCAACAACAUCGCCCCACAAGACGGCGACUCCUCCACCAAACGCCUCACCUCCGCCUUCGUCCGCGCGUUACUCUCACGCGCCGUCACCAAAUCCCCCACACUCUUCUCCACCGUCUUCCAACCGCCAGCCACUGAACUCCACCGGUUCUCAGUCGUGGAGCUCGCCGGCUUCGUCGACCUCACUCCCUGGCACCGGUUCGGUUACAUCGCGGCCAACGCGGCUAUCUUAACCGCCGUGGAAGGUUACUCUACGGUUCACAUCGUUGACUUAAGUUUGACUCACUGUAUGCAAAUCCCUACUCUCAUAGACGCCAUGGCAAGCAAACUCAACAAACCUCCGCUUCUAAAACUCACCGUCGUCUCUUCCUCCACCUUCCCUCCGUUCAUCAACGUCUCUUACGAAGAGCUCGGAUCAAAACUCGUAAACUUCGCCACCACGAGAAACAUAGAAAUGGAGUUCUCAAUCAUACCUUCGACACACUCCGAUGGCUUCUCCUCCUUACUCCAACAAUUACGAAUCUACCCUUUUUCGUUCAACGAAGCACUCGUCGUUAACUGUCACAUGAUGCUCCGUUACAUCCCAGACGAAACCCUAACUCCUUCUUCUUCGUCUUUAUCUCUCCGGAACAUUUUCUUGAAACAGCUUCGUUCUUUGAACCCAACGAUCGUAACCCUAAUAGAAGAAGACGCGGAUCUCACAUCGGAGGAUCUUGUUUCGAGGUUGAGAUCGGCGUUUAACUACUUCUGGAUCCCUUUUGAUACGACGGACACGUUUGUGAGCGAGAAGAGACGGUGGUACGAGGCGGAGAUAAGCUGGAAGAUAGAAAACGUGGUGGCGAAGGAAGGUGCGGAGAGGGUGGAGAGAACGGAGACGAAGAGACGGUGGAUUGAGAGGAUGAGAGAAGCUGAGUUCGGUGGCGUUAGGGUUAAGGAAGAGGCGGUUGCUGAUUUGAAGGCGAUGCUGGAGGAGCACGGCGUUGGAUGGGGGAUGAAGAAGGACGAUGACGACGAGAGUCUUGUGCUGACGUGGAAAGGUCAUAGUGUUGUGUUUGCUACUGUUUGGGUACCGGUUUAA